AUACUAUAUGAGAUGAGGAAGAUAUAAGAGAGACUCUAGAGCUCGUUUAUCAAAACAUAUAGGUACAUUUAAUUCAGCUUUUGACUACAACUGUAAAGAUCCCGAUCUGAAUAAAUUCGUUCAAACUAACAGUACAAUUCGCCGGCAGCCAGUCACCACCACCGUUGCACCGCCUUGAAUGUAGAAACCAUUGGCGGAGUGCGUAUACCACAUUUCUGGCAUUCUUUGAAAUUCGAAAACGGAGAUUUUCGAAGCCUCUAGACAAUUAGAGCUUGCACCAGCUUCUGUUCAUUUCCAGUCUCCGUGACCGACCAAUGGAAUCUGAAUCCGCUAGUUCAUCUCCACAACUCUCCGCUAAACCUUCUGAUGCUGAAGCUCCCAAGCCAAUUGCUUCCCAGAAAGAUAAUUCUGCUCAGAACACAUCUAAGACACCUGCAUCAGCCAUAUCAUCUUGGGCGCAAACCUUAAACUUUCCACAGCCUGUAGCACCUGGGCAGCAGGGGUCAACGGUUGGAGAUUCUGGGACAUCUUCCUUCUCACGUUUUGCUAGUGGACUUGGUUUGCCAUUCACUUCAAAAGCUUCUGCAGCAAAUGAUCGCGCUGGAGGCAACUCACCAACCACACAAUCAAAUGUAUUUGAAUCAAUCGCCAAAGGGCUAAUCGACACAUCUCUGAAUGCUGUGAAGGCUGUGCAAGUUAAGGCACGACAUGCCGUAUCUCAAAACAAGCGAAGAUACCAGGAGGGUGGAUUUGAUUUGGAUAUGACUUACAUAACAGAGAAUAUCAUAGCUAUGGGUUUCCCUGCAGGCGACAUGAGCUCUGGUUUCUUUGGAUAUGUUGAGGGGUUCUAUCGAAAUCACAUGGAGGAAGUGAUCAAAUUUUUCGAGACUCAUCAUCAGGGAAAAUACAAAGUUUACAAUCUUUGUUCAGAGAGAUUGUACGAUGCUUCAUUAUUUGGAGGAAAGGUUGCAUCUUUCCCAUUUGAUGACCACAACUGCCCGCCAAUUCAUCUUAUUAAACUGUUUUGCCUAAGUGCAUAUUCAUGGUUGAAGGAGGACAUUCUAAAUGUGGUAGUUGUACACUGUAAAGCUGGAAUGGCGAGGACAGGACUUAUGAUAUGUAGCCUCCUUUUGUUCUUGAAGUUUUUCCCAACAGCUGAGGAAUGCAUCAACUAUUAUAACCAAAAAAGAUGCAUAGAUGGGAAGGCUCUUAUUCUUCCAAGUCAGAUUAGGUAUGUAAAAUAUUUUGAGCGCAUCUUGACUAAAUUUGGCGGUGAAGCUUCGCCUGGACGUAGGUGCAUGCUGAGAGGAUUUCGAUUCCACAAGUGUUCAUCCUGGAUAAGGCCUUCAAUAACUAUAUCUGGUCACAGUGGCAUCCUAUUCUCAACGAAAAAGCAUCCAAAGACUAAGGACCUAAUGCCUGAAGAUUUUUGGAUACGAACACAAAGAAAAGGAAUUAUGGUUUUUGCUCUACCAGGUGAACCUGGUCUAACUGAGUUGGCAGGCGACUUCAAGAUCUAUUUUCAUGAUCACCAAGGAGAUUUUUAUUGCUGGUUGAACACGUCAAUGAUGGAAAACAGACUGAUUUUAGAUGUUUCAGAAUUGGAUGGCUUUGAUAAGAGGAAACUACCAUCUCCAGGAUUCAAAGUUGAGAUUGUGAUGGUGGAUUAUGAUGGAAAUGUUCCAGUAAAGUCCAAGGCUGAUAGUGCUUCCAAAGGAAAGGACCCGAGACAAGGAAACAUGUCUUCAUCCAGUGAAGGAACUAAAGCUAAUUUGAACAAGAACAAGGUGUCUGGGGGACAAAAUCGUGGUGAUGAUGUAUUUUCAGAUAGUGAAGGGGAGGAAGGUACACCUUCAAGUACAAGAAGUCAGACAAGAGCUUCACAAACUGCUGCUGCAGGUGUUGAUUCUGGCUCCCAAAAGGAGCAGAUUGCCAACCUAACUCAUAACAGCGAACAACUUUCUCUUAGAAACAUCGAUCCUAAAAAUGGUGCAAGCGAGAUCAAGAGUGAAACAGUUGAGAGAGCUGCUAUUCCCAAUCUCGGCUCAAGUGAUAUUAAAGCCAUUGCAGCAGAUGCAUCUGUGUUUAGUUUUGGAGAUGAUGAAGAUUAUGAAAGUGAAUAAUCCACAAAAUGUAUUUGAUCAUUGUUUCUUUUCUCAUAAGAAUAGUAGUAGUUUGUUCGAGUCAGAGAAUUCUUCACCUCUUUGGCGCAGUUCAACCUUAAGUUUUUCUCAUUGCCCUCCCUUUGUUUGGCUCAUCUGAGGUUUCUUUACCUUGAAACUAUCUUUAUAUUGCUUUUAGCCUUUUAGGUGUUCAGAAUAAUCAUCAGGGGCUAUCUUAUGAAUACACAAUUCAUGUACCAAGAAAUUAUGAACUAAUCAAACAUCUUGUAUGA